AGUAUAAGACAGGCAAUGGACGCUGUUGAUUCAGUGUUGGAACCUCUCAAAGAAUUCUCCAAGGACAGCGUAAGGCUCGUCAACCGUUGCCAUAAACCCGAUCGCAAAGAAUAUUUCAAGGUAGCUGUUAGUACUGCAAUCGGAAUCAUGGUUAUGGGAUUCGUUGGCUUCUUCGUCAAGCUCAUCUUCAUUCCCGUUAACAACAUCAUCGUCGGAUCUGGUUAGGAUGAUGAUGACAGCCACAA